UUUCUUUUAAUGUAUGAUUCGUUUAUUCCUUUGUUAAUCAAAACACAAAACAUUACUAUUUCUUACGUUUUCAUUUUUUCAAAAUCAUAUAGUUAUAUAUAUUAAUUAAAUGAGCUCAACGUUCAACGGCCAGGCUCACCAUCCAAAGAGAGAACCAAAUGAAAACGGAAUCUUAUAUCCUCCUUCACCGUCGACGUUAAAAGUCAACAAAGACUCUCACGUUAUUAAAAAACCACCGGCUCCGUCUCCGUCUUCUUCUUCCUCUGCUGCGGCGGCUAAGCCUCGUCAUCCGGUGAUCAUUUACACACACACUCCCAAAAUUAUACACACUAAUCCUAAAGAUUUCAUGGCUCUUGUCCAAAAACUCACCGGAAUGUCCCGCUCCGACGAAGAUCCCGGCGGUAAAGCAAAGACGGAUCGCGGAGGCAAAUCUAUCAACCAGAGCGUCUCUGAUCACGCCGUCGAAAGAAAAAACAAUCGGAAUCGCGGAGGCGGUGGACACAACAGUUACCAUAGAAAUUACUCCGGCACCGGAGACGGAAAGGGUAUGUUUUUCAAUAACGCGAUGAUAAGCGAAGAUAGUGAAUCGUCGUCGGUGAUAACGACGGAUGAGAACGUCGGAGGAGAACACGGACAGGUUAACUCAUCUCUUCCGUAUUCGGCGGUGGCUAUUCCUCCACCGCCUCAUCCUCCUCCGCCGCCGCCGUCUAUUUACGACGCGACGGGGAUAAACUACGGAGCUUACUUACCGACGUUUCCGAUAUUCCCGCCGGCGGCUGAUAACUUCUUGUGCGGUACGAAUCAACCGUUCGCGAGUAUUGAUGAGCAGCUUUACUUCGCGAGCAAUAUGAGAAGCUCUUUCUCUUCUUCUUCAUCUUCUGGCUUCGAUGGCUUGACCGAGUUUCGCGAUUUUUAAAACUAAGAUCCAUCCAUCACCGGCGUUACAAUUAUUUCCUCUUUUGGAAAAUAAUUAUUUUUGAUGUUUUUUUUUCUUAUUGGUCGAGAGGUCUCGAAAGGAACUAAUAAAGGUCUCUUUUUUUUUGAGGUUAAUCCGGUUUACAACAUAUACAGGAGAUAAUGUCUUCUGUGAUCAUUUUCUUCUUAGUUAACAGGUUUUUUGUUCCCUUAGACAUAAAACAUAUAUAGAUUUCUUCAUUUUGUUCAA